AUGAUGUUAGGACUGGUCACGAGUCUAGUUACACCUGUUCUCAGGGUGGAGGAGGCUCGUCGCAAGCUCGCACACGCCACCAUCGCAGGUAGCAUUGCUGUCGCAACAGUCACUAUCCUUUACGCAAAUAUUUCCAGCUGGGCUACAGUCAUUUCUCGAGUAUGCAAGCAGCAGCAAGAGUCAUGGAUUCGGGCUUAUUCCGAGUUGGAGCCAUGGAACGACCCGGUCGAGGAUCUUCGCAGGGACUUACAGAACAUCAUACCAUGCGCAUCUCAAAUAGCAGACACCACCACACGUUGUACCAAGCUCGCGGUACUGGUCAUUGAUGUACUCUACGCGCCGCAUGCACUCGGGCUGCGCGUUUAA